AUGCCCAUCCCCGUCAUGGCGCAAACCGCCCCGUCCCCCCAGGGAGGCAAGCUCACAAAGGCCGCCUUCUUCCGUGCCCGCUCCCCGCCCAUCGUCUCGCCCACCUCCGCGACCUCGGCCAACUCGCGUGGCUCUCGCAACGACCCGCAAGAACAGCUCGACGACUCCAUGUACGCCAGAUUACACAUGCCAUCCAGUGGUAAUAGCGCUCAGUCGCGGUCUGUCGAGGGGGCGAUGGGCUACGGAGAGGAUAGGGACCGAUUCGACGGUGGAUAUUCGGGCGGCAACGGACUUGGUGCGCCGCAGAGGGAGAGCAUCUACAACACUCCUGCUACCGAUGGCCACGGUCCCACCCUUGAUCGCCGCAUAUCCCACCCCAACAAUCCCCGGUACGAGCCCGAGGCCCAAGCCCCUUCAUCAUACCAAGCCCCUUCAAUAGGAGGUGCGACUUCCCAAUCCUCACACUACCCGACCGAGCGAACCCACCAGCCCUAUUCGCAUACCAGACAAUCAUCAAGAUCAAAGUCGCUUCACUCGAGGACGGGGUCAACGUCGUCGAGAAGGCAGCUGCCUUUGGUGACGCCGGCGUUGUCGCAAGUCCCUGGCCCGAGUGUCUUGUCGCCGAGAGAUUCGGACUCUGGCUAUGGCGAGUCGAUGGAGACGUCAGAGAGCCAGCCUCGAGGGGACUAUCAUUCGCGAGGGGGAUAUGGGACGAACAUGGGAGAUAAUGAAGGUGAACUGGGGACGAGCCGUUCUACAAGAGAGAAUGGAAAUACCAGUUUGACGGAGGGAUCAGACGAGAUGCUGUUGUCGCUAUUGGCAGGACAGGCUGUCAUGGACUGCCAGAAGAUGGGUAUUGCCGGCUGGGAAGACGUUGAGGGCUGGAAGAAGGAAUUGUCAUUACUAUCCAGUCGAGUGGACUCUGUCCAAGCUCGCCAUCAACGCGAAAUCAAGAUCCUCACCGCCGCCCGCGCCCUCCAAAAACUCAACAACUCCAACAAACGCAUGUCGAGGCAAACCCUCGAAUCCCUCGAACAAUCCGAAAAGAAGGUUGCCGCUGUCGAGAAGGACCUCCUCACCCUGAGAGAUCGCGAAGCGAGCGUGAGGAGACAGGUGCUGGAACAUUUUGGAGGAGUGAUGAGCUGGGAGGUGAAGCGAUUGGAGAGGAUAAAUGCGGAAGUGAUGAGCCGGUUUGAAGGAAUGCAAGCAAGGCUGGAUGGAGUCGAGGAGAAGGAGGCGGAGCUUGUGCGAGAUGUGCAAGAAGGACGGAUGAAGGUGGAAGAGCUAGAGGCGAUUGUCAGCGAGCUUCAAAGAAGAGAACAAGCGUUCGACGAUGAAGCCCGACAGCUUGGGGACCAGAUCGCCAGAGCUCAGCAAGACCAGUCAAAUUGGCAACGAGAGCGAUCACAGAUCGAUCAAGAACGACAAGCGUGGAUGGAAGAGAAGGAGAUUUGGGAACGUCAGGCCGCCAACUUUGACGCCGAGAGGAGAAGGUGGGCAGAGGAGAAAGAAGCGCUCUUUGGGGAUCGGGAGAAGAUUAUGCAGCAGAGCGGGCAGUCAUCAGAGCGGGACCGGCAGAUCAAGAGUCAUGUCCAGACCACUCUUGCGGCACUCUUAGGGCGAAGGGCGGGGCAGGUUGACGAGGAGGAAAUUGUGCCCGCCUUUGAGCAGCUCAAAACCCUCCUGUCAGAGAGAGAGAGAGAGAUCAUGAGUCUGAGAGAAGAGGUGCGGGAAGUCAACAUGGGAUUGGAACAGGAAGUGAGGAGAGCCGGCGAAGAUAGAGACGCUUGGAAGGCCAAGGUCGCAAAGGGAGAAGCGAUGAAGCAAGAAGAGGUUGCAUCGCUCGAAAGGAGUCUUCGUCAACAACAAGACCAAAUCACCGAUCUCACUCUCCGCAACGAAUCCCUCUCAUCCUCCCUCGCUGCCGCCCAAUCCACCCUAUCCGUCGUGCCAUCUCCCAGCACCGCCCAAGGCAACGAGCAGCGCAGUCAAGCACUCUCCGCCGAGCUCGAAGAGAUUGCCAAGCAAUUUGCUUCUAUCUGGCCGCUUCUGCCUUCGAGAGCAGAGCGGGAGAAGGCUGAUUUGAUCGACCCCCGGACGGGCCAGUCGAACAAGGCUUUAGCGUCGCCGAGCAACUCGAUCAGCUUUGAGGCGCUUCAGGCGCUCUAUGCUCCUGGGCGCCCGACGUCGACGUCUUUAACAUCCAUACCUGAAGCGCUGUCGAGAAUCAAGGGUAUGGUGGAGGAUGGUAAGCUACUGGUGGAUAGGGUGGUGAGGAUGGGCAAGGAGAGGGAGACGUUGAAGACGAAUGCUGCCAAGGCGAAGAAAUUGGUCGAGGACAGUACCAGGAGUUUGCAGACAUAUCAGCAACAAGUGACGAUCCUUGAAGACCGCCUCGCCAAAUCCUCUCAAUCCGAAUCCCACUUCCUCGACGAACUCAAUUCUCUCCAAUCCCUCGUCGAUGCCAACCAACAAGCCAAACGCACCCUCGAGCAAAAGCUCGCCCAGCAGAUGGAGACGUGCAACAGACUGAGCGAGGCGAAUGAUACGCUCUCUGCUAGGGCACUGGAGCUUGCGCAGGUGGCCGAGGAUGAAAAGAGGGCGCUGCAGCAAAAGUUGCAGGGGGAAUUGGAAGAGACGAAGCGAAAGCUGAAUCGGGUAGAGGAAGAUGCGGAUGAGGAUAGGGCAAAGUCUACGGGGCAGAAUAUCCAAUUGCUCGAUGAGCUCAACUCGUUACAAGCUGAAGUCGGCAGUCUGCGCACUCAACUUCGAAACAGGAAGUAG